CAGUUGGAUAAAUAUGGGCCAAUGCGCUCACUCAAUGGGGGUCUGUCUGGGAUCUGGUAGUUUACUGGAGUUUGGCAGUGGGGAAAAUAUAGUGCACGCACAAUUUAUUUCUCUGCUAGAUACGCAUUGCUUUGACAGGAUAGCCACGGAGCAGACCCCAACAGCAAUGUGAAAGAGGCCUAAGGCUAAGUUUUUGCUUGUUUUUUUUUUUUUCUGGCAGUUUUUGAGCAAAGUCAGAAGUGGAUCCAUAAGGGAGGAGAAGUUAGCCCUUAGCAACAUGGCCUGGUAAUGCAGCAAAGCCUUGGAGCUUCUCAGGGCUGAGAAAGUGACUGCACCGUCUGCAUUACUGAGAAUAAAACAGAAAGCGGGACGGGAACAAGACAUUUCCAUCUGAAAGCUUAUGAGAGAGAUUUAUUGAAACCACUGAGAGGAGGGAAAUGAAUGCAGCAGCGAUGUAAAAAACAUCUGCACUGAACAGGUUUACUUGCUGGUAAACCAUGGAACAGUAUUUACAGAGACGCCCGAGUACAUCUAGCGUGAGGGUCCUUGAUUUGGGUUGGCAAGGACUGCUAAAUCCAAAUCCUGAAAGCAGGGAAGAUGAUGAAACCCUCGUUGAUGAAUACCUCUCCCCUUCAAGACUGAAAGCACUUACCGGGGAGGACAAUCUGCAAGAUGUUACAACACUUCAGAUGUGUGUGGAUACAAGGGAACGCACCUUGGGGAAUUUUGGUGAGGGAUACUUUUUAGGUACACACAUGCCAAACCUUAGAGAACUUAAGCUGAACAAUAGUGUCAUAGUGUCCAUCAGAGAUCUUGGUACAUCACUUUCACAUUUGCAAGUGCUCUGGAUGGCUCGAUGUAGUCUUACUGAUCUUGAUGGUAUAUCCUCCUUCUCUUCUUUAAAGGAGCUAUACCUGGCUUACAAUAAUCUUAAUGAUCUCAGUCAGGUGAGCAUGCUGGACAAUCUGGAGAUCCUUGACCUUGAAGGGAACAACCUAGAACAUAUCAGUGAGCUACAGUACUUGGCAUUAUGCAGCAAGCUUACAACACUAACAGUGGAAGGGAACCCUAUAUGUGCCCGUCCCAGCCCUGAAGACAUGGAGUCUUCAGAUUACAAUUACCGUGUAGUAUUGCAAAAAAUGAUCCCACAAUUGCAAUAUCUUGAUGAUGUCCCAGCUGAUCAGAUAAACCCAAACACACCACGGACUUCAAACCAGGACUGGAUGAUGGUAUUGGACUCGAUCAAAGAAAGCUCUGUGGGCUUAACAUCUGUGGACCCGGAGACUGCCCAAAGAAAGACAGCAGUAAGACCCAGUACAGCCCGGCCUGUAAUAAGCAGACGACCACACUCUGCCCCAAGACCCUCAAGUGCUGGAAGAAUUGUCAAUAGCACACUUGAACCAUCGGAUGACUCUCCAGUUGAAGAUGAAGCCAGUGACCUAACUCAUGGUGUUAGCAAAGUCAUCUGUGGGAAUCCUAUUAAAGCUCUUCGCACAAGAAAAGAAAAGUUAGAGGCAACACAUGGCUCAAGUAUACCACCUAAGGGAUUCAAGCCAGAGGUCUCAUCUGAUUCUUUUAUUGUCUCUAAGAAGGAUCGGGAUGAUGUGUUUGCAGAACUGAAAGCCUGGAGAGAGCAGCAUCAUGGGGUGCUGCAAAGGAUAAAGAGUGAUCGGUCCCCACAGAUUCUCACCAUAACACACAGUGAUGAAGAGGAUAGAGAGAGCUUCUCUUCCAGCAGUGAGGAUGAAGAUCUGGAGGACAUUUUGGACUCUGGGUGUCUUGUUAGAGUAUCUCCUGAAAAUGCAGUUCACUCUCCUAGAUCACCUACAGUGGUCCCACUGAAUAUUGGAGAGCUGACAUUACUCGAUUCUCUACGGCAGCCAUCUCCACCUAUGACUCCUUGCCCGCCAGGUUCACUUGGUGUGAAUUCCAGAUCCAACAAGGCUGCAGACAUUCGAGCCAGACGUUUACAUAAAGUUUUCGACCCAAGCAACAUCACAUCAAUAAGAGCAAUGACAACAAAUGCAUGCAUGGGGGAUGAGGCCAUUUUGCCAACAGAUAUUGAUGACAACAUUAUUGAGACUCUGAUCCAACCAAAUAAUACAUCAAUAAGUGAGCUAAAUAGACCAAGACAACAUAGCAACUCCAGACCAACAGUAUCCAGAUUAAUUUCCUCCCAUCAGCCUGUUAUCCGCUCCGCCAUGAAAACUCCAGAGAGACCCUCAGCCCGACACUUCAUUCGUCCUGUUUCAGCCACAGGCAUUCUGCAAAGGCUGCCCAAUCGACCAACCCUUCUAACAGCCAGCAAAACUUCAAGGACAUAGCAAGAAGAAUGUAUGAAUUAUAAUAAAAGCUAACAAUCUAAAAAGGUCACCAAAGAAGCGUCCAUGUUAUAUUGGACAAGUAAUUGUUCUGCAGUGGACUGUUUUGCACUAGUUUAGUGGCCCUAUGUUGUAGAAGCAAUCUGUAAAGAUGCUCCGAACAUGUAAAAGCGAGCCAAGUUGGCUGAUUUUUGCUAUUACAUAUGACAAUCAUUUAAAUUAUUUUUGAUGGCAGAUGGCAAAAUACUGUCUGCCAAAAACAUGUCAAGUUGGAUUUUUUGACAAAAUCAUACACUUGUGGCUAAAAAUAAGUACUGUAUAUGGCAUGAUCAUCUGGAUUCAGCCUAUUAUUUGCCACUUACCACAUCAUACUGUUUUCUGUUUUCACUGUUCCCUGAUGGUCAGGUUUAGUCUGGCAUGUUGCUGGAAAAGUAGCUAAUAAAAAUAAUCCCAUGGGCUACUCAUCUUUCCCAUCCUUAUCUCAUGUGUAUGGCAACCUCAGAUUUUCUAAUAUUUUUGUUUACAUUUUAAGAUUUGUACGAGAAAAUAUUUUAUUAAAUAUUUAAAUUGA